ACCUUUGAACUUCCUGUACAAAUAUGUCUUUUCUUGGUGUUACUGCCACUAGAUCGACAAAGAUUGGAACCUUAUAAAGAUAUUAGUCGAUAUGUGCAUGCUACCACACCCACAUACUGGUGA